AUGGCCGAGGGCGGCGGGGGCGCGCGGAGGAGGGCGCCGGCGCUGCUCGAGGCGGCCCGCGCGCGCUACGAGAGCCUGCACAUCUCGGACGACGUGUUCGGCGAGUCGGGCCCGGACAGCAGCGGGAACCCCUUCUACAGCACGUCGGCCGCCUCGCGCUCCUCCUCGGCCGGCUCCUCGGACGACGAAGCCGAGCGCCCCGGCCCCGCGCGGGGCUCCGGCGCCCCCGCCGCCGCCGCGCAGGAGUCGGAGGAGGACGAGGCUGGCGCGGGCUGGAGCGCCACGCUGCGGGACCGCCCGGCCCCGCACUUCGAGGGCACCGGCGGUCCCACCCGGAAGAUGCCGCCCAGCGCCAGUGCCGUGGACUUCUUCCAGCUCUUCGUCCCUGACAACGUCCUCAAGAACAUGGUGGUGCAGACCAACCUGUACGCCAAGAAGUUCCAGGAGCGGUUCGGGAGCGACGGGGCCUGGGUGGACGUGACGCUGCCGGAGAUGAAGGCGUUCCUGGGCUACGUGAUCUCCACCAGCACCUCCCACUGCGAGUCUGUGCUCAGCAUCUGGAGCGGCGGCUUCUACAGCAACCGCAGCCUCGCCUUGGUCAUGAGCCAGGCCCGCUUCGAGAAGAUCCUCAAGUACUUCCACGUCGUGGCCUUCCGCUCCAGCCAGACCACGCACGGCCUCUACAAGGUCCAGCCCUUCCUGGACUCCCUGCAGAAUGGCUUCGACUCCGCCUUCAGGCCUUCCCAAACCCAGGUGCUACAUGAACCCCUGAUCGAUGAGGACCCUGUGUUCAUUGCCACGUGCACAGAGCGGGAACUGCGGAAGAGGAAAAAGCGGAAAUUCAGCCUCUGGGUCCGGCAGUGCUCUUCCACCGGCUUCAUCAUCCAGAUUUACGUCCAUCUGAAGGAAGGCGGGGGCCCUGACGGGCUGGACGCGCUGAAGAACAAGCCGCAGCUGCACAGCAUGGUGGCCAGGAGCCUGUGCCGGACCGCGGCCGGGAAGAACUACAUCAUCUUCACGGGGCCCAGCAUCACCAGCCUGACCCUGUUUGAGGAGUUUGAAAAGCAAGGGAUCUACUGCUGCGGGCUGCUCAGCUCCAGGAAGAGUGACUGCACCGGCCUGCCGCCCUCCAUGCUGACCAGCCCGGCCUUGCCGCCCGCCCGGGGCCAGCACAGCAUCCGGGUGAAGGGGAGCAUGUCCCUCAUCUGCUGGUACAACAAGGGGCACUUCCGCUUCCUGACCAACGCCUACUCGCCCGUGCAGCAAGGCGUGAUCAUCAAGAGGAGGAGUGGGGAGAUCCCCUGCCCCCUGGCCGUGGAGGCCUUCGCCGCCCACCUCAGCUACAUCUGCAAGUACGAUGACAAGUACAGCAAGUAUUUCAUUUCUCAUAAACCAAACAAGACCUGGCAACAGGUGUUCUGGUUUGCCGUCAGUAUCGCCGUCAACAACGCCUACAUCCUGUACAAGAUGUCGGAGGCCUACCACGUGAAGAGGUACAGCCGGGCCCAGUUCGGGGAGACACUCGUGCGAGAGCUGCUGGGCCUGGAGGACACCUCUCCGAGCCUCUGAUGCCGCGGGCGCGGCCCGGGUUAGGUAAGGACCGGGUCCAGGGAGGGGCGGGGGAGCCUGACGUCCGACCCGCCGGCCAGAGACCCGGAGACGCCCUGCGUGGGGCUGCGGCCCGGGAGGGGUGCUCAGGGCCUCUGGAGGGACCAGGACGGACCUGGUCAGAGGAUGGCGCCACCCCGCUUUCCACGCAAAGAAGAGCACGG